GUUACAACGAGUAAUUAGUACUACUGAAUUUUUGAAGAUUGAGUUUGAUGUAAAAUGGCUACUUCUCGAAGAUUGCAUUCUACCACGUUCUUGGUAAUUUUCGUGGUAUGGUCGAGCGUAUUGGAAAGUUGGGGACAGCACUGUGGGAAAACAGCAUAUGGAAGUAAGAGAACUGAUUAAUUGAUAAGCUUGCUGUAAGCGAGCGAGAUUCUAAAAAUGCACGCUUUUCUUUUUUUCUGUAUUUUUUUCGUGUGACCGACGCAAAUGGUAGGCUAUAUACUCCGAGACAUUUCUAGCGGAGACUGUGGAGGCUGGGGAUAAGAAUCGUCACGUCUUUCAUUGUAUGCAACUGAGCCUAGUGAUGAACAUGUGGUUUAUUUUCGGCGAUGACUGAAAUCUAAGCAUUGAGUUGACCACGUUUGCGUUUGUGUUCGCUGUUUGGCAAAGAUGUAAUAAUGUAACUUUCUCCAUUUUCACGUUGUAGUCGUGCAACGACGGCAAGAAAUCGUGAUGCACGUUAAAAGUUGCUGUUUAAGUUCUCUAUUGGUGCAAUUACUGGAUAUCUACGGUUAGGUAGAUUCACUUUGUUGUAUGUAUAUACGCUGUGGCUAUAUACUCGGCAGCCGAGAAGGGUCAUAUAAAAAUCUGAAUACCCAGCAGUCAGAGAAUUUUUUGGAAUUUUUGCAAAAUCCUUUUUACUAAUUGUUUGAGAAUAGUAUUCUAUCUUCAUUUAGAAUAACUAAGCGAUCAGGUAAACAAAACUGGCUUCGCAGCUGAGCGUUUGUGAUUCGUUGGGUAUAGAGCGGAGUCUAAAAGCGGAGCUGGAAAGUUAAAAAGUUUCCUCUUCAGCAACAGAAUACAUGCAUACUAGCUUCGAUCAGUUUCCCAAAAAAAAAACGGAGAGAGAGUGCUUUGAUUUUGAAACUAAAUAUUUCGCAACCUCCACCAGCGCCUUCAGUUAGACUCUCGACACAGCUUGAUAUACUGGUGGUGCUGCUGAAUCUUGGGAAAAGUUUCCUCUAAUUAUGGGAAAUUUACGCGAAUUCUCAUCAAAAUAUUCUAUCCUGGUUUAGAAUUGGUGGGUGACGAGAAACAUCCCCCCUUUGAGUGUUACUUCACUGAAGUGAUCCCCCUAAUAACAUUUGAUGACUUUCCCGAUCCCCCGACCCAAUGUCUUCAUUUUCCAAGCAAAUUUGAGCGGUUUCUCCUCUGCCUUGAUCCUUCCAAAAUUUUCAGUGAUCUCCCCUUUUGGGUUCUCGGUUACGACUGAUCCCCCCUUUUGUUAUCCUAAAAAUCAAGUGAUUCCCCCCCAUAAUCUCCCCCCCCCCAGGCGAUAAAUAAUGACCGGUCCCUAGGAACCAAUGAGAUUAUAUUUUGGCAUCUAAACAUGGCAUUGCUAAAAAGGGCAGAUUCUUGGAUAGCGGUUACACUGAAGGUGAUUCAUCUACGAUCUCACUGGCAAUAGCCUUCUGCUAUCGACGAUCUCCUCAUUCACGUCAGCUCAACUUCAGACUGCUUUUUUUUUUCUCUUUUUUCUUUUCGGCAUUAUAUAUACGACUUCUUGCCAUGAAGAUCGUUGGUUCACCGCUCGCGUGUAUGUGUAACGCUUCCCACACCAUUAACUCGGAAAAGAAAACUAAAUAUAACACUCCCGUAGUCUAUUAUCUAAUCAAAGUUCCUGUAGCUACAAUUGUAGACAAAGUAUUGGAAAAGUUCCAAACCACUUCUUCACCCGAAUCGGCACUGACUUAAGGAUGGUAAAAUUUCACCUUUUGCCGUUCGCACCGCUUCCUUGAUUCAUCCUAUUGUUGAUUUGUUGGCUUGAUCUUGCGGUGUGGGGGUGGCUGGAGACGACAUAAAAAAAUAAUUCAAGAAAUUGUAUUAUUAUUGAUAAGAAUUGUCCUAUUAAAUACCUUUUUCUUUUAACUAUAUGUAAGACGCCCCACAAGUGGACUUCUUUGCCACUGUUCAUGGUGACAGUUCGCUUUCAGAAAAUCCACAACGUUUUUACAACGAUAUUCUGGUGCAAAAGGGCUCCAAUGUUACCCUGACAUGUACUGCAAAGGGGCCGAAAGAGCCAUCUGUGUGGGCAAGCUCCCACUACUACUAUCCGUAUGAAAUGAACUGGUUUGUCAACUCAAAUUAUCAGGAGAUGCCUAUCUGCACUUACGAAAAACCCAGCCCGAGUAAAACCUGUAUUCUGAAUUUGGGUAAAGUACAGCCAGAUGACAGUGGGAGUUAUUUUUGCCAGGCAGUUAACCGAGGGGGAUGUACUUAUAAGGAACUGAAUCUUAUUGUCACUGGUGGUUACAGCACUACCACUGGCUCAAGUAAGUAACGAAAUUCAGAGCCAAAUCUUUCAAUCCUUCUUUAUUUCACACUAUAUAAGGCAUUUACACAAGUGUACGUAGGUAGGAGAACGAUGUAGCUGUAAAUAUAUUGGAACUGACAAUAAUUUGUAUGCAAGUUAAGCGAUGUCACUUCCCUGGUUUCACCGCAAAAAACGCUGGUGGCCCUGUGGUUUUCAAUGAACAAAAACAAAAACAGAAAAAGAACCACAGAGACUACAGAGACCUCAAUAUCGUACUAGGAUGGCCAUGUGAAUGUCACUUGAAUAGGUUAUUUAAAUAGUGGAAGGGUUUGAUGUCCAAAUUUUCACUACUCAGGUGUGACUAAUGUAUACGCGCAAAUAAAGUGAAACAAACACAUAGCAUGAGUCGAUAAAAAAAACAAAACAAAAAAACAAUGCUGUCGUCUAAUUGCACUGUAUAUGUAGCCCCCAUACAUGUUCUUAAGAUUCAAAUUAUCAUCAGGGGUUAUAACCUGUUACACAUAGUUCCAAAAGUUACAGUGGAAUAAAAGAAUUAAACGGGACGUUACAUGAUGGACUUAGUAGCCGUUACAUAGGGGUUAUUAGCUGUACUGACGUAUUGUAAAUUAAUAUUUAGUGUAAUUCGCUGUUCCUAAAUCACCUCAUCUAUGGUUUACAGCGACAGAUGUGAGUUUUCCUGUGGCCACUAAGGAAAGUUUUUGUGGUUUGUGACAACCCUAUGACAUAUUUUUUUUCUCUCCAUCAUUUGGUUUAGAACAAACCUCCAAAACACCACAUUACGAAACAACCCUGGUGCCAGCAACAUCUGAGGCCCCAGCAACACAUGUGGUCUCACCAACUUCUGUGCACGACCAUACAACAACGGUUUCCUCAGUAACACCCAUAGUGCAAGCAACACGUGUUUUCCCAUCAACACCUGAGGAUGUCCAAGCAAGAAUAGUUUCCCCAGUAACACCCGAGGCACAAGCAACAAGUGAGAUUCAAUCAACAUCUGUGCAGGUCUCAGCAACAUCAGUUUCAUCAGUAACACCAGAGGUGCAAACAUCAGCUGUAAUCCUCUGCAAAAAUAAAGGUAAAUAUAAACAGUGGCGUUUGUUCUAUAGAUUAGUAAACCAGCUUUCUAAGGAAAGUCGUUGAUAGUAGUCUGUAGAAUACGAAAUACCUGCCGUAGAGUCGUAGCCAAAAGUUACCAGCACCGUACAAACGACUUAUUGACGAGAUCAAGCAAAAUCACGAGAGAACGACUGGAGAACUGACAAGUUGACUAACAAUAUGCGACUGUUUAAAUGUGACAAUAGACAGAUCGAAACGCACCAAUUACUGAUUACGAGUUUUCAUAGACAAUAACAUCACGGCGUAACUGACAGACAACCAAUAACAUCGCGACGUAAUUGACCAAUCAGAUCAAUAACCAGAGUAUAAUACUAUCAACUGACGUGCUCCAACUCACUUUGACUCUGAAGAUGACUACCGCAAAGUCAAUGUCAACAACAGCAGUCCUACUGGUCCUAUUCAGGACUACGUUCACCCGGAGGAUCAAACUCAACCUACUUUUGAGUCGUUAGUAUGUUUAUUCAUAGAUUAACAGUUCUUGCGAGUUUCCAAAAUUAGAUAUUUGACAUGUUUUAACCAUGAAGUGCUUUACUCUGAUUAAACAUCCACUUUGAAUAGACGCUAAAUGACCAUAUGCUUAUACUUUAAACUCGAGACGGUAUGUCGGCUCAAGCUUCCGAUACGGCUGAAACGACUGUGUUUUGAAUUUAAUCGACUUCCCCUUUACUCAAGCCCCUUCCAAAAUGUUCAACCAUGGAUAGCACGGACACUCCAUGUAAAAUCAGGUAAAUCGUUUCGUUUUUGUUGUGAUGGUAUCUGCCAUCUCUAAACUGUUAAUGGGGUUCCAUUUGGUUGCCGUAAAAUUCAGAAAAUAAGCCCUCCAAAUAUAAGCCCCCAAACUCGUAACGCAAAAACCCUCUGUUAAAUCGCCCCUCUAAAUAGAAGCCCCCCCUCGCCCAGGGGCUUGUACUUGAAAAUUGCCCUCAAAUACAAAGUAAAACAAAGCAAAAACGGUAAAUUUCCUUCCAACUAUAAGGUAAGCCCAAUCAAUUUUAAAACGCAAAUUUCCCUCCACAGAUAAGCCCCUCCGAAUACAUGUGUAUAAGCCCCUCCAAAAAUAAGCCCCUCAAAAAAGGUCUUUGAAAAAUAUAAGUCCCGGGGCUUAUUUUGGGAAUUUUACGAUAUGUCAUUAUAACAACUUAAUCAACAAUUGGCUCUUUAGCUAACUUAAGUUUUACCCAGUAUAUUUUCUUUUCUUUUAAGACAAUGGUUCAAAGCAUCAAGAAAAGGAGAUCGUGACUGGAGUCAAAGCAAACUAGUAGAUACGGUACACCACGAAGAAAACAUAAUAAAUUAAUGCAAAGAAUUAAAUAAAUAUUAAUUUGCCUCAAGAGCCAUUAUGGCUCUUGUUUGAUUUGUAUAUUUUGGUCGAUGAUCGAUAAGACCGAAACAAAACUAAUAAAUUACUGUCGAACCUAUACCAAUUAACGACCAUCUUUCAACAACGGCCACAUUGUCUGUUUACAGUCCCGUAAGAUCGUCAAGAUCGGGUGCUUACUCAAACGGGUGGCCAUAUUUGUUUCAAAUGUAUGCAUCCCGAGGGGUUGGGCUGGUAGAUUUGAUACUCUUCCCCAGGUUACACUUGUUACAUUUAAAACCGUCUGACCAGCGUUUACAGUAAGGGGCUGCCUUCGUAGAGGGAGGAAGAUCCUAGAAGGCGAGACAUCUUUUCGUUCGGUUUACAUGAUGAUUUUUCAGUCCAUGUGGUUACCAAAAAAGUGAAGGAAUUAAAGAUGGCGAGUGACAAUAACCAACAUGCAAUUUAAUAUUUGGGCUCUUCUGCUCUCUUUC